UCGGCUUGUUUUGCAGUCUUCAUUCAUAAGCGAGAAGGAAACAAAUAACACUUCUUCUAAGAAUGGACGACAAUGUCCUCGCAGGGACAAAGGACUGGAGGAAGACGAAGGAGGCGGUUGCGAACUUUCGACGACUGCUACUUUGCUCGAAAUGCUCAAAUUUAAUGAAGGAACCCGUGUGUCUAGGAAUGUGCGAGCAUAUGCUGUGCAGGUCCUGUGCUGGCCACCGAGCAGGAGAUGGCUGUGUGGUGUGUCACAGUCCUGCAUGGGUGAAGGACAUCCAAAUCAACAGGCAGCUCAGCAGCAUCAUACAGCUCUUCUCCGGUUUGGAGUCCCUGCUCAGUCCCACAGAACAGCCAGACUCGUCUCUAGCCAGCAUUCAAACGCAGCCUGAGAGCCCUGUCUUAAAACACAAGAAAAACUUCAAGAUCUGGUUCAGCCCCCGCAGCCGCAAGGUACGCUGCACGGUGGAGAAGCCUUCAGAGGUCACCGUGCCGGAGAACAGGUCUUCUGGAGAAACAGCUGCAGCACAGCUGGACACCAUCCCUGCUCAACGUCAGGACCUGUCAGUUUUCAAUUUCACCUCCUCCUCCCAAGACUCUGGCUCCUCUUCCUCUCAGAAAUGCAAAAAUGAAAACAGAAACUGUAAGAAAAGGUCAACGAAGAAAAAUGCUCCCAGCAAGAAGGUGCAAGGGGCCAUUAGGAAAACACAGAAACAGACCAAGCAGAAGGUAAAGAAAAACAGGCUGGAGGCCAUAAACCAGCAAUGGAGGAUCACGGAGGAGGUAGAUGACUUGAAGGAAAAGGAGCAGCCCUGUGCCGAAUUGGCAAGGAGGUCCAGUAAGAGGGUUUCCUUCUUAAGUCCUGUUGUCAUGGCUGACGAGGUGCAGCCUGAAGUUACACAAGGGAGUGGUAAUGAACUCAGCCCUGGCAUGAACACCAUGAGGGAGAGUCUCUCAGGAGGCACUGUACUGAAUGACCCAACCCAGCCUGUUCACAGCACGUCAGACAGUGUCGUGCGGCAUGACAAACUGUUCGCAAAUGACCCCACCACAGCUGACAAUCUGGAAAAACAGGACAAAGCUUCCCCUUCCCCAAAGCAUUCCUCAAAAAGAUCCAGAGCGGAGGAGAAAGUCGCCACAUUGGAGAGCACCCCAAAAAGGCCCAGGACUUCCCCAGGCAGGAGGAGAAAAUCACAGAUGUCCCCAGCUGUCCUUAACCCUCCAUCAUCAGCUAGCCCCAGGUGUGACAAGAGCAUCAAAAAGUCAAGAGAGGAGAAAGGAGACAGCCCCUCUGUCCUAGCCACUGUUGGUAGAAAAUCUCCCUGUACUCGCGGUGCAUCUGUUGGACGGCCCACCUCAGGGAGCCCUGCAGUUAUGAAGAGAAACCACAAGGGAGAGACCCUGCUGCAUCUAGCUGCUAUAAAGGGAGAUGUAGAGGCUGUCAAGGAACUGCUGGACCAGGGGGCUGAUCCUAACCUGAAGGAUAAUGCUGGGUGGACCCCUCUGCAUGAAGCAUGUAACCUGGGUCACCUGGCGGUUGUGGAGGUGUUGGUCUCAAGAGGAGCCCUGUUGAAUACGCCUGGCUAUGAAAAUGACUCUCCACUCCAUGAUGCUGUGAGGAACGGUCACCAAGCCAUUGUCAAACUGCUGCUGCAGCUUGGAGCCUCGCAGAACGUACUUAAUCUGUAUGGAAAGCGGCCGGCAGAUUACGCAGUGAGUCUGAAGAUGCUGGAGAUUUUCCAGGAAGCCUCAGAAGGAACCCAAUAUGCUAAUACAUCUCAUAGCCCCUCAGCGAGCCUCUCUGUGGUGAGCGACUGUGUGAGGAGAGAUGAAAUGGUUGUGUUUCUGGCCAGCAAGCUGUCACAGCCAGAACGGCAUCAGCUGGCCAAACUGGGAGAGCUAUUGGGAGGGAAGAUGGCUGACACCUUUUCUGGUUCAGUGAGCCAUGUCAUACUGCCAGAAGGACACAUGCCCACCACCUACUCCACCCUCCUGGGUCUUCUUGCUGGUUGCUGGGUUGUCAAAUUCAGCUGGGUGGAGGCAUGUCUGCAGGCAGGCAAGUGGAUGCCCGAAACGGAGCACGAAGUGGGAGAAGGCCCCCAGCGCAGUCGCAUCAACAGAUGUAGCUUGCUCCCACCACUCUUCGAUGGCUGUUUCUUCUUCCUCCUCGGCUCUUUUAAGGCGCCUUCCAAAGACGAGCUCACCAAGCUGCUCCGAGAGGGAGGAGGUCAACUCCUGAGCCGGCAGCCAAAGCCCGACAGCGAUGUGACACAGACCCUGAGUGCUGCUGCCUACCACGCACUGCCAGGCUCAGACCAGGCCCUCUGCACCCAGUACAUUAUUUUUGACCCCCAGGGCCCUCACAAGCCGGCAGUAGUAAGGCGAGGUAAGGUGUGGUCAGCUCCCUCCACCUGGCUCAUCAACUGCAUAACAGCCUUCCGCCUCCUCCCCGUGCCAGACCCACAGACCUUGGUCUAAACAAUUUUUCAUAAGUUCUAUAAUCAUUUUGCAUUGAGAUAUCACUUGUCAUUAUGUCUUUUUUUUUUAUAUGUGGUGAUAAAGUAAAUCACGUAAACAAUAAUAGAACAAUAAUGUGGCUCUCAAAAUCUAAAAUUAAAGUAGUUAUCUGAACAAU